AUGGGAGACUACUACCAUCACUUCCUGUCUUCAAUGUCCGGGGCAGGGAUGAAUCCCGCGACGUCACCAGAGGAGAUGCUCGACCCUCGAAUGCAUGGAGCACCGAUACCAAUGGUAUCUGCGCCGUUACCCGGUCCGUAUCAGCAACUUGGAUAUUUUACUGGGUUUCCAGAUCCCAUGAUGUUCAACCAGAACAAGUCGCAGAAAGCUCGUAGAAAGUCUGCCGCCGGUACCCCUGCAGCAGUUGACCAUGUCAAGCAUCGAAGAACACGAUCAGGCUGCUUCAUGUGCCGCAGUAGGAGAGUUAAGUGCGACGAAACCAGACCAAUAUGUGAACGUUGCAAGAAGGGAAACAGAGAAUGUGUCUACCCAGACCCCCCAUCGUCGAAAGGUUCCUCAGCUUCAAGCGGUAAAUCCAAAGAUACCGCACCUUCUGCUCAACAAACGAGUCCAACUUCGUCAAAAUCAGAGGACGACGAGGACACAGAGCAAGAGAGUAAACUAGAAAUGAUCGUGGACGAAGAUGAAGAUACUGAAGACCAAACAAAGUCUUCGGUACCCUCCAGGCAGUCAAAAAGCGUUUCACCAUCGACCGCAACAGCAACACCAAGUAGCCUUGCAGCUGUCUAUUCUUCCUCCGAGUUUCCUAUACAGACGGGUGAAGCCGACUGGUCACAUCUACCACCAGAGUACCAGCAAGGCCUCUCCUUUUUUGUGGAAAACCUCAACCAUUUCAAUUAUUGUAUACCCCUGGACUCGGAUGGCUUUUUUACAAAGAUUCUUCCCAACAUGGCCACUCGCCACGAGCCCUUACUCAACGCGCUCGUAGGCUUCUCUGCAUACCAUAUUACUCUUCGAAACCCACAGGGAAAGCUCCAGGACUUCUUACAAUAUUACAAUAAGAGUGUAACGCAACUCUUGGGCUUGUUUCAGAGACGAGAAAAGCCCAACGUUGCCACUCUUCUCACUAUUCUGCAGCUUGCCACCAUCGAGACAGUGAUGCAGACGCCCGUUGGUCGCAUGUGCCUCAGCUGGUACGCCCGAUUCGAUAGCUUCGUUGCCCUCAUGGGAGGAUUCCCUACCGAUCUGCCGCGCGAAUGGUUCCGAGCGAUGCUGGACUUUUAUCAAUCCGGGAUUACGUCGAACCCAGAUGAGUUACGUUGGAAGAUCGAUGCGUGGUCCGCACGACUUCGCCUGAUCUCUUACGACAUGUCGAUUUUGUUCGCCCGAGGCAGUAGAGGCCAGAUAUCCCCCGAGGACUUUAUGAAAGAGCAUGAACUCUUGAAUCAACAGCUCAUAGAGUGGAAGGAGAAACGCGACCCCGCCUUGCAGGAUCCCAAAUAUCUUAUCAAAGAUUUUCCUCCAGCAGAAACUCUCGAUCCGGACGACUUUGUCAAUCCCUAUACGGUUGGAAUACUUUACGAUUUCCCCCUGUUCGACGUCACAGUUCUAUGCGCAGAAUGGAACAGCAUCAUGAUAAUGCACAAAUGCCAAUCGUCAGGAAUGAGGCCGGACCAACUGUUCGCGGAUCUAAACCGCCAUGCAUAUAGGACAUGCCAAUAUUUCGAAACAUUGGAGUUCUGGCCUUCAACUCCCAGAGGCGUUUUGGUUCUGAUACAAGCAUGUAUUGCUAUUGCAGCUCUUUUCUGUCCUCAGGAUGCGAGGCAUCACAUGUGGUUCCGUCGGAAGUUUGCUUUACUAGAGACUAUGGGGUAUAUUCAUCCUCUUCCGCUACGUACCAAAAUGGCAGAGUUAUUCCGAGAACCCGAUUGCAUAAACUGGUGGCUGCCAAAUGAAGAAGGAUUCAGCCCAGUAUUACAGGAAAUCCGUAAUUUUGCGGAUGAACGGAACGCUGCAGCUGUCACAGCCCAACAAGAGAGUGUUCGUGAGGUUCGACAUAUUUUUGCCAAGAUGUCAUUGAUGGACGAUGCAAAUGCCCCGUCAAGCUCUAGUCCAGACUCUGCUUCAGGGCCCAGUAUUGAUUCACCCAGUGUGAAGCGAUGA